CUUGUUGCUGUGCUGGGCGGGCCUAAAUGCUGUUGUGCGCCAUGCGGGGGGUGUCAAUUGAAGGGGAGGAAAAAAAAACUGAAGGGAGUUACCUCAGCGCUCUGCGAGAGAUAUGAGAUCUGGCCAUUUUCCAGGCGUCCCCCCUCUCUAUUAAAGAAGAAAUUCAGGAAAAUCAGUGGGGAAAGAGGAACAGAAACACAGCCAUAUUUGUAAAGGUCGCCCUGAAGAGAGAUUACAGCGCCUUUCUGCUGGCGGAUCAGUCGGAGUGAAUCUAACGUGCAUGCACAGUAUUUCUGCCCUCGUGCGCGCGCGCGUGUGUGUGUUUACAAGUGUUUGAACGAGUGCCAGAAACGAGGGAAGAAGGAGGAUAAAGCCACGGAAGGAGGAUGGUGGACAAUUCAGGCAGCAGUAAGGCACAAAUGCCCAGCAUGUCUCAGGAGCCUGGUGUGGCCUUUCCUCAGAGCAGCUCUUCAGGGGGAAUGAAGUUGGAGGCAGUAAUGGAGCAGCUCCAGCGCCAGCAGCAGGCCCGACUGGAAAUGGAACGCAAGGAAAGGAAGCUGCGAGAGGCCCACAUCAUGUAUGCUCAGCAAGUUGCUGCCCAGCAGGCUAUCCUGGCAGCUGCUAGGGCCUCUGGGGCCAGCUUCAUGGGCAAAGGCCUGCCUGUAGGGGUCCCAGGUAUUGGGCUGCCUCCACGGAUGUCCAAUCAGAGCAGCGUGGACUCUGAGAGAGAAGAUGACGAGGACAGGGGUCGGGAUUCUGGGGAUGAUGAUGAUGACAAUGAGAUGAUGGAGGGGGAUGAGGGCAGUGAUGAAGAUGAAGGAAGUGCCAGCGGUCUGGAGUUCCUACGCAAGCAGACCAUUGCUUUGCAGCAGAGCGCCUCCCGCAUCCCGGCCCGUCCGUACGCCAGUUACUCUGCAUCGGCCCCCCAGAGGACUGCAUCUCCACCUAUCAGAGUGAAACAGGAACCUGACGAGGGUCUCUCUCCAGCGGGGCCUCACUCUGCUACCUCUCCGAAUGGACAGACCGACUGGGGCUUUGAUGACCACUUCAGACAGAAUGGGAGUGCUGGUUGGGCUGAUGAGGCAGACAGUAGCAGAGGAAGAGGAGAGGCCUCAAGAGACUUCGCCAAGCUGUAUGAACUGGACAGUGACCCUAAAAGGAAGGAGUUUUUGGAUGACCUCUUCACCUUCAUGCAAAAAAGAGGAACCCCAGUCAAUCGUAUCCCCAUCAUGGCCAAGCAGGUCCUGGAUCUGUACAUGCUGUACAAGCUGGUGACUGAGAAGGGAGGCCUGGUGGAGGUUAUCAACAAGAAGAUCUGGAGAGAAAUCACAAAGGGACUCAACCUGCCUACCUCCAUCACCAGUGCAGCUUUCACUCUGCGCACACAGUACAUGAAAUACCUGUACCCAUAUGAGUGUGAGAGGAAAGGCCUCAGCUCCCCUGGUGAGCUUCAAGCCGCCAUCGACAGUAACCGCCGGGAGGGUCGUCGUCCAAGCUAUAGCAGCAGCCUCUUCCGCUUCUCCCCCUCUCCCAGCACUGCUCCCCACAUCCUCUCACCACCCAAGAUGCACCUCUCGGCUCUUGGAGCAGGAGCCUCAGCGGCCCUCAACGGCCUGCACGCCUCACCAGGACCCUCCCUGAAGAAAGAUGACCUAACUCCCCUCAUGGCAGCCAGACCCUCCAUGGCACUGGCCCUGGGUCAGCAGCAGGUUGCUGGUUUGGCCAGAGCUGCCACACUGGAGCAGCUGAGAGAAAAGCUGGAGACCGGUGGAGGAGAAGGACCAGAGAGGAAAAUGGCCCGCCUGGCAGAGGAGCAGCAGCGUCUGAUGCAGCAGGCUUUCCAACACAACCUGCUGGCCAUGGCCUCUCAAAUGCCCAUGAACCUGCGCCUGGGAGCCCCCACCAUCACCACCAGAGAAGAGAAGCAGCAGGACAUGUCUCUGAGCAUCUCUACCAAUGGAAAUGCCAGCAUCACUGUCUCAGUGGAGGUCAAUGGCACAAUCUACUCAGGAACCCUGUUUGCCCAGAAGUCCGGAGGGGCCCCGGGGUCCGCUAUGUCGGCUGCCACUGCCUCAGCCUCCCCUGCUGGAACCAGCACUAGCUUUGGUUUCUCUGCACCCCUGGCUCACACCCUCAGCCCCUCGCCCUCCUCCUCCUCCAAGGGUCCCAGCUCGGCUGAGCCGGCCCCCAGCGGGUCCCCCUAACUCAGGAUGCCCUUUGUACCUGCUCCUCAGGCCCCUCUUCCACCGGGAGGCCCAGCAAGAAGAUACAGUACAAUGAGAAACCGCAAAGAAUAACAAACUGUUGCACAACAAAUACCUCAUCAACCCUGUCAACCUCUUGGCUGUCCAAUCAUGAACACAGAGCCCGAGAAUAUUAUACGACAACUUAUGUGCCCAAAGCACAGCUAUGCAUUUUAUUCAACGUACAAACACACACACACUACAAACACACACACCGUUACACCUAUACAGAGACACAAUCUACACAUACAUACACUUCUUAAUCAUUAUAAACAUGCUAAACACAAUCAGCUCAGCCAAAACCCACUGACAGGUGUAGUCACAACUGAACUUGAAAAGUUUUAUCUUAGGACAUUUUGUUUGUUUGUUGCCAUUUUGUUGUCUUUUUGAUUUUGUGUUUUAGAAUGAUUUUAUUUUUAGUUUUCUCUUUUUACAUACCUCAAAUCAAGUAACCUGCAGUGGUGUCUUUACCUCAGGAGCUGUAGUAUAUUUAACCUGAAUCAACUUUAUUUUUGUAUUCUUUUUGACCUAGUUGCAAUCAGGGGAAGUCGGGUAAUUCUCACCAGUGGAACCUCAUGUACAGAGCACCCACCUCGUAGUGAAAGGCCUCUGACCCGGGCCUGUCUUUAACACGCAGUAGACUCUUACUGAACUCAAACUGGCGAAAGACCAGAUGCUGUAGAUCAGCAUGAAAAAAUACCGGAUUUCGUAAUGACAACUUCGGUUAAGAUCAUGUGACGUCCAUUAAAGAGAUAGGAAGGUUAACGAUGUACACAAACCUCCUGAUGUGGACGUGAUCUCAACAUACUCUCAUUAGUAAUGCACGGGACGUCAAGUCCUCCUGAAUUUAACUUAUUGCUGGUCCGCACAACCUGUCUAUUAACAUGUAGCGCACAAAGUUGGAGGUAGUACAAAAUCGGGUGCAGAAUCACGUCAACCUGGUGACGUCAUUGUAAGUGCAGAGUUCUCAGACCUCAGACCGGCCCCUCUGCUUCAGGGGGCGUCUCUCUUUAACUCUCAGGAAACAAUGCGACGAUUGCGAAGAAUCAUUGUUAAUUCAAAGGGGAAGAAAUGAGUCAUACCUGAAGAAUGCACAAGUCUACAUGACUUUUCAAGAGUACCUCAACAGACUCUCCCAAAAGGAGAGCGACACUACAUACCUCAUACGGCUGCGAAGCCAUCGAGACUUGACGCCCCGACCCGCGGUGGAACUCCUCCCUGAACUGGAACUGAACACGAUCGUACCGACACAGUGCUGGUGAUUUUAUGGGGACAACCAAACUAUGAUGGGCUUGUUCUCUCUCUCUCUCUCUCUCUCUCUCUCUCUCUCUCUCUCUCUCUCUCUCUCUCUCUCUCUCCCUCCUUCCCUCCCUCCCAUAUUUACUUGUAGAACGUUUUUUAUGCUUGCUUCCAUUUUCUCUUUUCUUUAAUUUUUGGUUCCUCAAGUUUUUGUCUGAGAAGAGUGAUAUAUAUCUGCAUUUUUUUCAGGGAAUAGGAAAAGAAAAGUUGGUUCCUCACUGUCUUUGUCUAAAUUUGUAGGAUUGUGAACAGUUUUCAAGGUUGUAGGAGUCAAGAUGUUUAAAAAAAAGAAACCGACCAUAUGAACCUUACGUUUGGCUGAAAAUAUCUAAAUUGCAGCGAACACAUCUUCUUUCACGACAGCUGCGAAUUUAUAUGCAUGUGUACAAUCAUGUGACCAGUGUUUUAACACCUUACUCUGCUGGUUAUUGCACAGCUAGAAACCAAAGACUAGCCAGGUCACAACUCCUGAUUGAUCCCUCGUACAAUCCUGCCCGAAACCCGCUGUGAUGCACAGCAAGGCAGUUUAACGACUGAUAUGGACUGCAAAAAAAAAAAAACAUCUAAAGACAUUUAAUAUAAUUUUUAGUUUUUUCUUAAAGCAAGUGAAAAUAUCUUCAGAUGAGUAAACUGCCCUUGUUUUACAAUUUAUGGCAUGACUUUGAAAGUUGACAAUAGUAAAUUAAAACUGGCUUGACAGGCUAAAAUCUGAUCCCUAAACUUGUACAGACAUCUGUGGAAACAGAUAUUUGUUAUAUUAGUCUUGUUAUCCAGAACAGCAGCCCAGAAGUGUCCGCUUUCUUGAGCUCUUCCCUUCCUGAAUCUUUCAUGCUUAAAGGCCAUUUGAACGUUUUUUUACACAACAUCCAGGCUCCCUUAGCCAGUAUAGACAGAGGCCUACAAGCUAGGCCUCAACUGCUGAUAAUCCCAAAUCAGAUGGGUUAUCCCUCAAAUUGUAAGGCAUCUUUUUCCCUUUAGAGUACAUUUUUAGCAUUUUGAAAUACCACAAAGGUUUAAAAAAUAAUUUCUAGCUUUAUGUGUGUUGAAUGUGAGGCAUUUUAAACUGUUUAGAAACCUCUUGAAGCCCAGAGUGAUCCCAGAGGGCAGCCUUGAUGCUUCUGUUAGACUGUAUUUUAGCCAUUAUGUGUCAGGUUUUUGAGAUGUUUUGCAGUGCAGAUCACAGUUAAGGGUUUGAGGACUUUGAGGACGGAGCCACAGAAUCUUCGGGUGAACCCUUCACAACCCUGUAUGACACACAAAACUGUAUUUUAUAAAGGUGAGAACUGUAGAAGCUGCCUUAAAGUAGUUGCUGGUGAGAUCUGGCUGGUGGAGGUUUCAUUUCUCCACUGGCUGGGACAAAGUCUUCAAGCUUAAUCCUUUGGAGCGUAAUGACUUUUAUUUUGGUAAGCAAUUCAAUCAGAUGUUAGGCAUCAGUUGUUUUUCAUGCUGUUAACAACUGAGUUUUACUAUUUAUUUGUUUGUUUGUUUUUCUCCUGGUGGACCUUGUUUUGGUAACAGUGGAGCUUAAUCAUUUAGGCCGUGUUACUAAAACACUUUGUUGUUUCCAAGUCCAAGCUUUCUGUUUCAUCUGUUUAGCGAUGACUGUUUGAUAGUGUAGCUUCACUGCCUUUGUAUUUGUGUGUGUGUGCGUGAGCGUGUGUUUGUGUGUGUGUAAACAGGUUGAGUCAGUGUGUAGCUACAGGUUACUCAACUGCAGUGCAUUCACUUGUAUUACCAUGAAUGAAACUGCAGGUGGCACUAAACAUCAAGUCCUUUAUACCAAAGGACAAGGAGGUUUUUGAACACACAAGUUUUUAGACAUUUUUACUUUAACAGGAAAUGUUUUCCUCAUCAUAAGCCUCCUCUUUUCUGAACUGGGAACUGCCCAGCAUAACCACACCCAUCUUCUGCUGUUAAGGGAUGCUUUGAUGCUCAUUUUUCAGGGGGAAUGAAAAGUGUUACAGGUUGGAUACCUGUUCUCUCUAAUAUCUGAGCUUCAAACCAGCAACCUUCGUCUCACCUCACUGACCUCCAUUUUUCAGCCACCUGAACUGCUGUGUGCAUGAGUAUAAAUGAUGAGUGUGUGUGUGUCUGUGCGUGUGUGUGUGUUUUAGAGACCGCCCCUACCUCGUCAUACCACAAUACCUCAGGGCAGUGGGCUGCAGUCACUGUUGCGAUGUUGCGAUGUUAAAGCGUCAUUGAGGGACGAGCACUGACCGAAGCUGCGGUUACUCGGCUGAAUGCUUCUUUGGUUCUGGUGUUGUAUUUUUGUCGUCAGUAACUGCAGGUCUCGUCACUCAGGAAGCUGUGAAGUUGGAAGUCUGCAGAACCUUUUGUCUCUCAGAUGAUUUUGGAGUUAAUUCAGUUUUAAAUUGUUUAAAAACUAACCUGAUCUGUGUAAAAACAGGCGCAUAUGCAAGUGGUUAUCGAAUACCUCAUUUAUCAAUUUUAUGUUGUUGUUUUUGGCUUGUACAAUGCUCCGUAUAUUAAUUCAACUGUGGGGUUUGUGCAUAUUUUUGUACUGUUAUUAUUAUUAUGGACAUGAUAAUAAUGAUAUUACUGAUAUUAUAGUUUUCUCUUUGAUUAAAGUAAACAAAAAAUUGGACAAAACACAUGAAUGCUUGUAAAAACUGGUUUGUGCUGAUUGUAUUUAAGAGGAGCACUUUUCCAAAGUGGUUUUCACACAUUCAGUUUUGUUCAUAUUAGUAAUAUAAAGAUAUGGUUCUCAGGGCUUUAAACUUGUAUGUCAUGAUAAAGUUUUACUUUAUAUCUAA